AUGUAUCACCUCAAGUUGUUUGUGCUUCCGCUUGGAGCCAGUCUGUUUGGUUUCUCUAGUGGCGCCAAUGUCCCUGACAGCUUCAACCUAUAUGCCUAUGGGGAGGGAAUUGGCGGAUACCCAAUUGUUUAUCUCAACGGCAUUGCCUAUGUGGGCCAACAAAGUCAACUAAACGCCUCUACUCCUGUCGCACGCUUCACACUCUCAUCCAACACUCUUGUUGCCAAUUCCAACAACACCGCCGACACUGACGGGUUCUUAAAUGCUACAUUCUUCGUGCCCGGCCCGGAUAAUUCAUCGCCACAGGCAGGCUUUGUCAACGGGACGCCGCCAGCUACGGCUGUGUCGACAGGUUGGACAUUCUAUGGGCAAACACUCCUACUAGUGGGCUCUUCAGGUCAAUGGGACGGACUUUUCUCGGCUGAGCCAACCGAGCAAGACGGUAUCUUCUCUCUUAAUUGGAACCAGACAUCAGAUACAGCCGUCCAGCUAUCCCUGCGGCUCACUUCGCCUUCCAGUACUGUUUAG